GAUCCGCAAAACGCAAACGUAUAUGCUUUUUACUUGCAACUCGCAAGUUCCUUUGAAACACGCACAAUCUCUCUCUCUCUCUUAAAGUUGGGUUAGGCGCAUGGCAAUUUGGGGCUUUUCCAUCGAAUUAGGGCACACGUUUUUUCUUGAUUGAUCCUCACAAGCAGUGGAGAAGAUGGUUUGGGUUUUUGGCAUGAAGGGUGAGCUGGAUCGAACGAAGGUCGUGCUGCGGCACUUGCCCCCUACGAUUUCUGAGGACACGCUUUUGGCCCAAAUUGACGCCGCCUUUGCUGGCCGCUACAACUGGUUCUCUUUUCGUCCUGGAAAAUUCAGCCAGAAGCAUAUAUCACAUUCUAGAGCCUACAUUGACUUCAAGAGGCCAGAGGACGUUAUUGAGUUUGCUGAUUUCUUUAAUGGGCACGUCUUCGUAAAUGAAAAGGGAACUCAGUUCAAAGUCAUUGUUGAAUAUGCUCCUUCACAACGUGUUCCAAGACAGUGGUCUAAAAAGGAUGGUCGUGACGGAACCAUAUAUAAAGAUUCUGAGUAUUUGGAGUUUCUUGAACUACUUGCCAAACCUGUUGAGAAUCUUCCUAGCGCUGAGAUACAAUUGGAGAAGAGGGAAGCAGAACGAUCUGCAGGUACUGUAAAAGAUAUUCCUAUAGUUACACCACUGAUGGACUUUGUGCGCCAGAAAAGGGCUGCCAAGGGACCUCAGAGAUCAUCGUCUAAUGGAAAAGUGAGUAGAAGAGCUGGCACAUCGUCAAAUGGGAUUCCUAGUUCUGCCGCAUCACGACGAGGUUCUGGAAAGAAGAGGGUUUCCACCACAAUGUACGUUGCAAGGGACCCAGGGAAAAGUUCUACUGUUAAAGACAAAUCAAACUACAUUUUGGUUCCGCGGCAAGGUGAUCAGCAUCUUUCAAAUAAAACUUCAAUUAUGGCUUCUGCAGAUGGACAUCAAACAUUUGAUGAGAAUGGAGUUGCUGGAAAUAAUGAUGCUGGGAAGAAAAAAGUACUGCUUCUUAAAGGGAAAGAAAGAGAGAUAAUUACGGUAUCUGAUUUAGGUAGCAUGUUACAGCAUCACAGCAUAACAUCUUCAGCUAAAACAAUUCUCGGUUCAACAGCUCUGAAGCAGAAUCAGCGGCAUGAAGGUAGUGGAAGGAUUAUUAGAAGCAUACUCUCAAACAAGGAUUUCCGUCAAAGUCAGUCUUCCAGGGCCCAUUCUGACCAGCAAAUUCAAACAUCUAAUCUAGAAAAGGAAAAACAACCCCCUCGCCCCUUACAUGUGCAAUUGAUUUUGAAGGGGAGUAAUGGGACACCAGAGAAUAGGAUUGGUGUGCAUGAUUUACAUGUUUCUAGUGAAAGGCCGGAGAGACGUGUUAGACAUAAGGAUAGACCUGAUCGUGGUGUAUGGACAAAUCGUUCCAAUGGAGGCGAUGAUUCUUUGUCAUCGUCUGCUUCCUCACAAGUAGAUCCUUUGGAAGGAGGUCAUGCAGAGUUGAAACACGAAGUAAAAUCUCACGCAAGUGUCCGUGCCAGUCAUUCAUCAGAAAAUGGUUUCAGUAAGCAUUUUGGCCGCCGUGGACUGACACAUGGGGUGAAGGAUGUUGAUGGCUAUUCGAUUUCAAGUGAGGGGAAGCAUCCUAGAAGAUCUAGCUCCUCUGCUUAUGGUUCCAACGAGAAACAAGUUUGGGUUCAGAAAGCAAGUUCUGGGACCUAGUAUUUAGAUUGUGCUAAGCUUGCUGAUUUACAAUUUUGGAGCAUCCAUUUGCUAGCUGCUGGAUUCUGUCUCUUUUUGGUUGACAGAUUCUUAUAAAGUAAAUGAGUUUGUGUGGUUGGAAAAAAAAAUUCUUUUACAAAACAAGAAAGAGAAGUACUGUGAUGAAUUUGAUUUGGCUUAAAAUAUUCAAACGUAACUUCAUUGAAGAUGGCUCGGAGUAAAGGGAGAAAUUAAAACAGGGGUACCCCAAUUGCCUGGUGUACCAUUUACAAGUUGUUGCCUGUUUGAAGAAUUUUGGAUAGAUUUGCAUAGCAAGUACUGUGAUGCAUUUGUUUCCUGGCAAGUUGACAAGUAUAUGCGCAGUCUGGGUUUCUAAACAGUUAUCUUCAGUAGUUUUAAUGUAGAUAUAAAUCCAGGGUAUUGUGUAUCUGCUUCCUUAGUUCCUAUAUAUACAAUCCCUUAUUAGGGGUAUUGUGAAUCUGUUUCCUUUGUUCCUAUAUACAAUACGUUAUUAGCUGUCAGCCAAAUACAAGUGAGCGCUUGCUUAUGAUCCUGGAUAAUUUUGGACUACCUUGCUCAUUAUUCCAAAGGAACACUCCAUGGACAACCUUGCAGGCUUGCCAUGUCUUCAGUCUUUCGUUGACAGUGGAGUUUCUUGUCGAGCUCGGAUUCCUGAAUGCAGUGGAUGGUGUCUUACUAAGGAUUAAUAAGGGUCUUGCUGGGAGUUGUUACUGUGUGGAUAUUGAUUUGGCUCUAAAGUAUCAUUGUACAGUGUGGUGUUGCGUUUCUCAGCAUAACAUAGCUGUUACAUUGCUGGUUCUGAUAUUUUGUCAAUUAAUUUUGUGAAUUGCUGCUUCCUGUGCAAGUGUUAGAUUUAUAAUCUAUGUUAAGAUUAUCGUAGACAUUACAUCUUUCCCUAAGAGCUUUAUGGUAAAAGUUUAAAUUCAAGUUGACAGCCCCAAGAUUUUUUUGUUCUUGUUGGACAUAGGGAAGAAAAAAUUGUAAAUUG